AAAUAGUUCUGAACGGUCAUCAACUGCGGGUGGUUUCCAGUGAAAUCUAGUUUUUCCUCAAAUUACCAGCUUUUCGGAAGGCUGAAACUGUCACUGUGCUGUGUGGGAUCCGUGCGGAAGGGGGCGUGUCCACCUAUCUGUUGAUGCACAGUUGUAUAUAGCCUUGCAGGAGAUUGUGGUGCCGGAUUUGCUUGAGGUGGUUCUGAUAUGUUUUGAUGUUUAUUCACGUGUUUAAAAGAUGUCUAGGUUAUUUUACGCAAUUAACACUCACCUCCGGAGAGAUUUAUCCGCAUAUUGCCGUACUGCGCUUCUUCCACUGCGUGCCCUAAGUUGCACUUCGCAGAAACUUGUGGAAAAUGGUGAAAGCACCACAGUCCUGGGUAAGAGGUGGAAGGACACAGCGGAGACGGUGAUCAUUGGAGGGGGCUGUGUGGGUGUCAGUAUAGCCUAUCACCUUGCCAAGGCUGGACAGAAUGAUGUUGUGCUGCUUGAAAAAUCUGAACUUACUGCUGGAUCCACCUGGCAUGCUGCUGGUCUGACCACAUACUAUCACCCUGGUAUCAACCUGAAGAAGGUCCACUACCAUAGCAUCAAGCUGUAUGAGAGCCUGGAGGCUGAGACCGGUCAGGCGGUUGGUUUCCACCAACCUGGUAGUAUCCGUAUUGCCUCUACCCCGGUCAGAGUGGAUGAGCUGAAGUACCAGAUGACCAGGACACACUGGCACCCCACUCCACAGUGGCUCAUCACCCCUGAGAAGAUCCAAGAGCUGUUCCCCCUGCUCAACAUGGACAAGGUGCUUGCAGGUCUUUAUAAUCCGGGAGACGGCCAUAUUGACCCCUACUCCCUGACCAUGGCCCUGGCUGCUGGAGCCCGUAUGUACGGAGCUCAGAUCUACAACCCAGCCCUGGUCUCUGGACUCACCCCCACCAGGGACGGAAAGUGGGAUGUCCAGACCCCACAUGGAACUAUCAGAGCUAACCGCAUAGUCAACGCCACAGGGUUCUGGGCCCGAGAAGUAGGCCAGCUGAUUGGCUUUGAGCACCCCACUAUUCCUAUCCAUCACCAGUAUGUUGUCACAGCAACAGUUCCUGAGGUGAAGGCUCUCAAGACAGAGCUUCCGGUGAUCAGGGACCUAGAGGGCUCAUACUACCUGAGACAGGAGAGAGAUGGACUGCUGUUUGGACCCUACGAGAAAGAAGACAAAAUGGUACUGCAAGACUCCUGGGUCAGAGAUGGAGUACCACCAGGUUUCGGUAAGGAGCUGUUUGAGUCAGACCUGGACCGUAUCAUGGAACAUGUGGAGAUGGCCAUGGAGAUGGUGCCUGUACUGAAGAACGCUGACAUCAUCAACGUGGUGUCCGGACCAAUCACCUACACCCCCGACCUCCUGCCCAUGGUUGGCCCACACCAGGCAGCACGCAACUAUUGGACUGCCAUCGGCUUUGGGUAUGGAGUGAUCCACGCUGGUGGCAUCGGGAAGUUCCUCAGUGAUUGGAUUAUCACAGGCGAACCCCCCUUCGACCUCAUCGAGUGUGACCCAAACCGCUACGGCAAAUGGACCACAGUGCCCUACAUGUGUGCCAAGGCCAGAGAGUCUUAUGGUUUCAACAACGUGGUGGGGCACCCCAAAGAGGAGCGUUUUGCAGGCCGUCCGACCCAGAGGACCAGUGGUGUGUAUGAGCUGCUCAAGGGGAAAGCUUCCAUGGGCUUCCAUGCCGGUUGGGAACAGCCUCACUGGUUCUAUAAGUCUGGAGACGAGGUCGGUUACAAGCCCAACUUCAGGCGUACCAACUGGUUUGGGCCAGUGGGGAGGGAGUGCAAGCUGGUGAUGGAAAAGGUUGGGGUCAUUGAUCUGACACCCUUUGGAAAGUUCAUUGUUAAAGGGAAGGAUUCUCAGAAGCUGCUGGACAGACUGUUUGCCAACACUAUGCCCAAGUUGGGUCUUACUAACAUCAGUCACAUGUUGACGCCUACUGGUCGAGUCUACGCUGAGGUCACCAUUACCCAGCAUGCACCUGGAGAGUUCCUCCUCAUCACAGGAUCUGGGUCAGAGUUGCACGACCUCAGGUGGAUCGAGAGGGAGGCAGCGGAAGGGCCGUAUGAUGUAGACAUCUCUAACGUGACAGACGACAUCGGGGUGUUGGGUGUGGCCGGACCAAAGACCAGAGACGUUCUACAGAAACUCACACAGGAAGAUAUGAGUGACUCCGGCUUCAAGUUCCUCCACUGCAAACCCAUUACGUUGGCUGGCAUUGACCUGCGGGCUAUCAGGAUAUCUUACACAGGUGAGCUUGGGUGGGAGCUGUACAUUCCUCAGAAGGACAUGGCAACAGUAUACCAGGCUAUCAUGGAAGCAGGACAGGACAUGGGCAUUGACAAUUUUGGUACCUAUGCCAUGUCAUCACUACGGCUGGAGAAGGGCUUCAGAGGCUGGGGUGCAGAGAUGAACUGUGAUACCAACCCUCUAGAAGCUGGCUUGGACUACUUCAUCAAACUCAAUAAGACUGCAGACUUCAUUGGUAAAGCAGCGUUGCAGGAGAUCAAAGCUAAAGGUCUGAAGAGAAAGCUAUCAUACAUCACCAUGGACACGGACAACGUUGACCCAGAGGGCAAUGAGACGGUCUGGCUCAACGGCAAGGUGGUUGGAAAUACUACAUCUGGGGCCUACAGCUACACCACCCAGCAGAGCCUGGCAUUUGCCUACCUGCCAGUGGAGCUGUGUUCUGUUGGCCAGAGGGUAGAGGUGGAGCUGUUGGGGAAGAAGUACCCUGCCAUGGUGGUCCAGGAGCCUCUGGUCCUCACCGAACCCACUAGGACCCGGCUUCAAAAGAAAGCCAAGAGCAGUCCCUAGAAACUGUGGACGAGAGGAGAAUCUGCUGAGAACCAGGAUACCAGAACUGGGUCCAAAUAGGAUGAUGUUGACAGUAAGCUUACAGUGCAAAUGAUAAUCCAGGAAUCCAGGUCUACAAACGGAAUGGCUGACACCAACCAAGCAAGCUGUGAAGGGGUCACAAAGUGACUGUUUUUAAACAAAAAUGUUAGAUGAGCAAUACUCAAAUGACACCCUAUUUCCUAUUGGGUGCACUGUGUUUUCAGUGCACUAUAGAAUAUGGUAGAAUUUGAGAUGGAGACUUUGACUGUGAUGUAAAAAUAUCCUCUUUCCUCUUUGGUCACUGGGUGAGGAGGAAUCAGCUCAAGCAACCCAGAAUGUAUGAAUAAGGUCUCGGCUUUAGGUUCUGAUGGGGACUUAUGGACAUAAUAACGUAGUGCUGUAAUUAUUCAGUGAGGAUACAAUUGGUUGGAGUCUUGAAUCCGGGCUAAAUACAGGAGAUGCUGCUUUACUUGCUAUGAUAUUCUUUUGGAAUGAUAUGGAGAAGGAACAAUAAACUGUUACCAUGCUUUGCGCUUAUAGUCUUUAAAGUGUGGUGGGCAUGUUGCAGAUAAACUAAGCACAAGGCAGCACAAAUGAAUUAACAUACAGCAAUAACAAAAGGGAACUGUUUACAUUAUGAGGGUAAAAUUGUUUAUAUACUUAUUUGGUUAAUUAAAGCCAAGGUCACGUUUG